AUGACGAGGCCAUGUGGAGACUUCCCCUGGAGCCCUGAAAACGCCACAGUGGACUGUGACUACAGCUACUACAGGUCCAGCAGCCUCUACGACCUCAUCACCGGUACACGGUACUAUGGUGAUUUCAGAGGGCGUUGUGCGGUCAACUGUGCCGAUAACACGAUGAUAGGGUCGCUGGUUACUUCCUACAAUGGAUCUCACAACUACUACUACUGCCAUGUAGACUCGUCAACAUGGCUUGGAACCGAACCUCGGUGCGAAGCGAAGCCAUGCGGCGAGUUCCCGUGGAGUCCCGCUAACGCCACAGUGGACUGUGACUACAGCUACUACAGUGCCGGGUACUACCAGGACCGCGUGUCCGAUACCGUACUGUACGGCGGUCUCAUGGGCCGCUGUAAGGUCUGGUGCUCGCUUCCGUUAUUUACGACAGGGGCGCCAUAUCUGUCCCCUGACGGAGAAGGUUACUUCUACUGCCACAUACCAACCGCAACCUGGCUGGGACAAGAACCUCAAUGUCAGGACGACCCGUGUGGCCCGUUUCCGUGGCAGCCCACCGACGCCACAGUCGACUGUGACUACGCGUACAACAGUUCGGUCAGAUACUUCAACCGACAGACCUGGUCAUAUUUCUACCCCGAAGGACGCUGUUCUGUCACCUGUUUUAACAACCAGACGGUGAUCGGGGCGUCAUACCUUUCUCCUGAUGGAGGAAACUACUACUACUGCCAUCCUGAGGCCUCAACGUGGUUAGGGAUAGAACCGUCUUGUCAAGAGAAGCCGUGUGGAGACUUCCCGUGGAACACCGUUGAUGUAACGGCAGACUGUGACUACGAUUUCCGUGAAACAUGGACCUGGCCCAGCCUGCUGUAUAUCCGCGGCCGCUGUCGUAUCUCCUGCCUUAACGCUGUGCUGCUAGUCGGUCCACCGGCAGAUCAUAGCAGAUAUUACUCCUGCAGCGUCAACAACGCCAGCUGGACCGGUAGUGAGCCUGUCUGUAUCGGUGGGUUCAACCAGUCGUCGGUAACAGAAAUGGAGACGAACCGAGUCCGACUGGUGGGGGGAGACUUCUACGGCUGCAUGGAGCUGUACGAUAACGUCACACAGCAGUGGGGACCUGUCGUCGGGUUCACUGUUUUCCCGAACAUAGAUGACUCCAGAAUGGCCUGGGCCGACCUAGCCUGCAGGGACGUAGGGUUUGCUGGAGGUUUGGCCACUCAAGCGUUCCCCAAUGGUGGUACCUGGCUUCAGACGAUAUCAGACCGCUUCUAUACGUCCUACUCCAGACCUAACGAGACAGGUCCGAACUUCUUCCUGGACACGAGUUAUCUCGCCAUGUCUGUCGUGUCCGCGGGAGGAGUUCAGCACCUGUACGACACCGUGGAGAGAGUGGUCAGGGGGGAAUGCACGGCGACAGAGAGCAGAUGGUACUGUGAUCAAUACCUGAUGUGUUUGGCCUGUCAGAAGGAGCCAGAAAUCCAGUUUGACGUGUCCCGUAUCUCCCCAUGUCCCUCUCCAGUCCAGGGUGACGUGUCCUGUAACUCCCCAUGUCCCUCCUCAGUCCAGGGUGACGUGUCCUGUAACCCCUCAUGUCCCUCCUCAGUCCAGGGUGACGUGUCCUGUAACUCCCCAUGUCCCUCCUCAGUCCAGGGGUGA